AUGUUCAGAUUUAUUCUUCUAUCAACGUUGCUGGUCGCCGCUUCGGCGCAGUACAACGGUGGCUACCACCGCGACCCCAAGACGGCCGCCAUCCUCAGCGAGCAGCGGUAUCUGUCCGGUGAUGGUAAGUUUGGUGCCGCCUAUACGCAGGAGGAUGGUACCGACUUUAAGGAGGAAACGGAUGCCCAGGGUAACCGUCGCGGUUCGUACAGCUACGUCGAUCCGACCGGCCAACGACGCACCAUCUCCUACGUUGCGGGCAAGAAUGGCUUCCAGGCUUCCGGCGACCAUCUUCCAGUAGCCCCGCCGGCACCACCACAGCCUGCCCCGCAGCCACAGUACCAGCCGCAGCCGCAGUACCAGCCCCAGCCGCAGUACAACGAUGGCCGUAGCUACGAUGACGAUGGCCAGUACGAUCCGCGCUGGAACGAUCCCAACUUCGGCCAGAACCAGUACUCGGCUCCGGCUCCUGCUCCGGCACCGGCCCCGGUACACAACUAUCAUGCCGCACCGGCUCCAGUCGCUCCCGCGCCACAGUACAACCAGCACAACUACGCCCCGCAGCCACAGCAGGCCCCGGCCUGGACCACUACACCCGCUCCGCACCGCUUCCAGCCACCAGGCAAGCUGCAGCUGAACCGAACCCCCGACGGCUACAGCUACACCUUCAACAAGGUCUAG